AUGGCAACUGGCGAAGAUUUAACCAACAAUUUCUUUCCAAUAAUGUCAUCAUCAAUGAUUCCAAGACCAAUAAAAAAGCAAUCACGUAUUAUGAAAAAAAAACCUGCAAGAAAAAAUCAACUACCGAUACAUUUUCGCUUUGGUGGUAAUCGAAAGGAUCCGCUCAAUUUAAAUGCGCUAAUAGAAAAGAAGAAGCAACUAACACAGGCAACAACAUCAUCAGGUACAAACAAUAAUUCAAUCGAUAAUGGUAAUGAUCGACCGGUUGAAAUUUUACUUCAACCAGAUAUUUUUGAUCCUCUUCGUCUUGAUACUUCUUCACGUAAUGAUGAAGAUAUUAAUAAUGUUUAUUCUAUUCCAUCGAAUAGUACAAAUGAAUUGAAUACUAAUAAACCAAUGAUAUAUCCCGUACGAAAGAAACGAUACGAAAAAAAACGAAGAAAUAUUCAACCACCACGAUAUGGAAAUUUUCAAGGUUAUUAUGGCUAUAGACAACCGAAUCAUGAUCAACGUUUUCAGUAUCUUGAACAUGAUUGGUUUCAUAAUAAACAAGUAUUAGAUGUUGGAUGCCAUACAGGUCAUGUAACAUUCUAUGUUGCUGAGCAUUUUCAACCUGAACAAAUUGUUGGUGUUGAUAUUGAUCAACAACUUAUUCAACAAGCUCGACAUCAAUUAUGGAAUCGUAUACAAAUAGCUAACAAUAAUCAUUUGAAUGCUAAUAUGAAUAAUAACAACAACAACAACAGUAAUAAUAAUAAUAAUCAAAAUAAGCGCUAUCCAUUUAACCUGCGCUUUCAGCAGGAUUAUUAA